GUUAAUCGAACGUGCGUCGUGCGCGCGCAAGUCAGCCAUUUUUUUAACGAAUUACGCGCGUUUUUGUGCUUGUGCCGUUUUGUUUAAUAAAUAUUUUUUUUAUGGAAUUCUAGUGGAUUGUGAUAAAAUUAAAAAAAAGAAAAAUGGCGUAUGACAACCAGGGCGCCACGAUAUCCAUGGAGGAUGUCCGCGAUCCUGACAUUAGCGCCAGUACAAUACAUGAAGAACUUGCUGCUAGAAGAAAUCGCAUGCUUAAGCCGCAGAAAUCCACAGUAGCUUCUAGAAGACAGCAAGCAGUGUGUGUUCGACGCGCUCACAAAAAAUAUGGACCGACAAAAAAUCCUAACGUUAUUCUGGAUGGCUUAAAUAUGACCGUGCCUAAAGGUGCCAUCUACGGUCUUCUCGGCGCAUCGGGAUGCGGAAAGACAACCCUGCUCUCCUGCAUUGUGGGAAGACGCCGUCUGAAUUCUGGUGAAAUUUGGGUGCUGGGUGGGCGACCUGGCGGACCUGGGAGUGGCGUUCCUGGACCUAGAAUUGGAUAUAUGCCACAGGAAGUUGCCCUUUUCGGCGAGUUUUCAAUCCGAGAAACGAUGAUAUAUUUCGGUUGGAUCGCUGGCAUGACCACAAAGGAGGUUGACGAAAAAGUCGACUUCCUUGUAUCGUUAUUGCAGCUGCCAAAUCCGACGAGACAAGUAAAAAAUUUGUCAGGAGGUCAACAGCGUCGAGUUUCCCUCUCAGCGGCUCUUCUCCAUGAUCCUGAACUUUUAAUCCUGGAUGAGCCAACGGUUGGAGUUGACCCGGUUUUGAGACAGAGCAUUUGGGAUCAUUUGGUCGAAAUAACUAAAGGUGGAAGAACGACGGUUAUAAUCACCACGCAUUACAUCGAUGAAACGAAGCAGGCUAACAUUAUCGGCCUUAUGCGUGGCGGAAGGUUCUUAGCGGAAGAGUCACCAACCGAGCUUAUAACAAGAUACCAAGCGGAGAGCCUCGAAGACGUUUUCCUUAAAUUAUCUGUCCUUCAGAACAUGGGCAAGCGAAGACGGUCCAGUAUAUUGGCUGAUGUUGUGGAGAAAGUUGAAAUACCAUCAUUACCAGAUCCAACGGCUAUAGAUAUUGAAGAUGCAGAAAUUGGUGAAAUUUCUGGAGAGUUCGGGGAUAAUGUGUCAAUGAGCAGCAAAGGUCGAGGAAUCGUCACUGAAACGCCUGCGGUGGUAGAAGCUUUACCACCAGAAGAGAAACCUACGAGCAGAUAUUUGGAGAGGAUAAAACCUAUGAAAGUUCAUCACAUGGAAGCUUUAAUUUGGAAGAAUUUCUGGAGUCUGUUCCGGAAUUACGGGUUACUCUCUUUCAUCGUUGGGCUGCCUUUAUCUCAAAUGAUUCUUUUCUGCCUCGCCAUUGGUCAUUAUCCCGUCGGACUUCCAAUUGGUAUCGUCAACAAUGAAAUUUCUCCUAACGACACCGAUGUUCUGUGUGACUACAGCAAGUCAUGUCCGCAAGAUCCCGAUACUUGGGAGUGGAACUUGACGAGGUUCAGCUGUCGGUAUCUAGAAUUCUUGUCUAAAAGGCAAAAUAAUCUGGUACUCUUCCCAACGAAAGACAUUGCAAUGGCUGAAUCAGUGAAAGGGAAGGCCCGUGCAGUUCUCGUGUUCCCAGCCAACUUCUCGGCAAAUUUACAGGAACGCAUGAAGGAUCCGAGACACGCUGACGCUUAUACCAUCGCUAAAUCUGAGAUCGAAGUCCACAUGGAUGAUACUGACAAACAAGUGGAGUGGAUGUUGAACCGCGACAUCCAACUGGCGUUUAUGGAGACCGCUGAGGAUCUGACAGGAUCCUGUGGUCUACCGAAGAGGAUGAUGUCCAUACCUGUAUACUUCCACAAACCAAUUUUCGGCCUUGAGGUCCCGAAUUUCACAGAUUUCGCUGGUCCCGGCGUUAUCCUAACAAUCAUCUUUUUCUUGGCCGUCGCCCUGACUUCGGGCGCCAUGUUAGCGGAACGUAAUGAAGGCAUACUGGAACGUUCUCUCGUGUCUGGAAUAACAGGUACAGAGAUCCUGUUCGCUCACGUGCUGGUACAGAUGCUAGUGAUGGUGGUGCAGACCAUCACCGUCUUACUCAUAGGAUUCCUGGUGUUCAAUUUGACGAUCACCGGUCCUGUUCUAUGGGUGGUGGUGCUGACUCUCAUCAAUGGCUUGUGUGGAAUGACUUUUGGUUUCGUGGUUUCGUGCAUAUGUGAUACAGAAAGAACAGCAACGUAUUUAGCUCUUGGAUCUUUCCUGCCUAUGAUGUUGCUUUGUGGAAUUAUCUGGCCCGUUGAAGGUAUGCACACAAUACUUCAGUGGAUAAGUUUCGUUCUACCACUCACGAAGUCCACUGAAUCGCUCCGGUCCAUGCUCCAGAGGGGUUGGUCCAUCAGUGUACCGACGGUUUAUUCUGGAUUCAUUUCCACAUCCGUUUGGAUCAUAGUGUAUCUCAGUGUUAGUAUCCUCCUCAUCAAGUUUAAGAAAGGCUGAUUGUUUAAAUAUUGCUUUUUUGACUAUUACAUAUUUUUGUUUUGAAAUGUACAAAUAAUUUUAAUACAAGACCUCUUAUUAUUAAACACUAUAAACAUUUAUAUAUAUAUAUAUCGAUCUUUUUAUAUAAUUACAAAUAAUCAAAACAUACUUAGAAAUAUUUAAAAUUAAAUAAUAGAGGCAAAAAAGUCCAUAAAGUAUUAUUGAUAUAGAAUAAUUAUAUAAAAAAUAUUUUUCUUGAAUACCUUAACAAAAUUUAAUUUAAAAUAAGUCUGCGGUUGAAUUCUACUAGUCUAUAACGUUACGUUCCCAAUUCUAUUCCAAUUAAAAUUUGACUAUUGACUAUUAAAAUAUGAUUAUUGUAUUUAUAUUCAGAUCGGUACCGAACCGAAAUAUUGUUAUGUCACAAUCAAACUUAAUGGUUACCUUUUAUGCCGAUAGUCAAUAAUUAAAUUAAUGAAUAAGAAAACGGAUAAACGGCAACGAUCACGCUUCGAUUCGAUUGCGAAAAAGUGACAAUGUGUUGGUAGAAUUGGUCCCCAACUCGAUCUGCCGAUCGACCACAACGCCAUCUGCAUAUAGCUGAAACACCAUUCCCUAUAAAAUAUGGAAUAAACCCUAUUUAAUAGCAAAGUUAUAGAUUACAUUAGUAAAAAAAAAUUAAUAUAUCAUAUUUAAUUAUUAUAUAAUAGGACAAAAUAAUUAUAUAACAAUAUAAUUAUAUGACAAUUUCUUAAAUAUUUCAUAAUUAACUUUUGGACAUGAAAAUCGAAUUUUCGAAUUAAUUGUUGGGUAGGGUACAUACAAUGUGAUAGGCAUUAGUCAUAGAAGGUAUGUUUUGGGAUUAACGAAAUGUGAUUUACAUUUAACAUAGCAUUUUGAUAAAAUGAUAAGAAUGUGAAAUAAAUAUUACAUUAUUUAAUUCACUCCACCAUCCCCCCCCCCCUUUUGAAGGUGGGGCUUCAACAUCGCUUCUUAACGAACUUUUCUUGAUUAAUUAAAUUUUACAAUUUGUAUGCAUUUUUAUCUUUUUCAAUUUCAAUGUUUAACGAAUCGAAGACAUCGAAUUAAGAUGUAAAGAUUCAAACUGAUUUUAUUUUUCAAUUUUGUUUUUGCUUUUACAUAUAAUAUGAAUAUUAGUGUGGUUGUAGAAUUAUUUCUACAUUACCCUGUCAUAUCAAAUUGAUUGUCAUUAUCAUUGACUCCAGCUUGAAAAGCAUUUCUUUCGAAUUUUGUUACGUUUAACCAUUUUUUUUAUAUAAUUUGACUUCUGUGUGUUUUUGUAGUAAAUUUUUGUGUUGAUUUAGAAAUGCUUUUGUAAAUAUGCUUUAGUUUUUAUGUAUUGGGAAAUAGUUGUAGUGAUAAGACAGUGGUUUUGCUCAAACGUAAACGCGUGAUAAUCAUGUAUUAAUUAUAAUGUAUUUGUUAAGGAUAAAUAAAUAACUUUUACUGUG